AUGAGUGGGACCUUGGCAGCCAUCACCGCAUCUUCGCAGCUUCGACGGUGGAGUCAUGCGUUGGACUUGCUGGAAUCAUCGCGCCACUUGAGUGUGAAGCCGUCUCCAGCUUUGUAUACAGCUGCCAUCGACGCAUGUGGUGCCGGUGGUCAGUGGGCCUCUGCAGUGAAGCUGUUCGGUGAGCUUCAGUCCCUGAUGACGCCGGAUGUGGUUUGUUUUGGGGCAGUGAUCGCGGCUUUGUCUACCAGUGCAGUAUGGGAGAGGUGCUUGGCCACACUGACUUCCAUGUAUGAGUGGAGGAUUGAUAUCAACAUCGCCUGUGCAACUGAGGCAGUGCGCUGCCAACUUGCUGCUGGUGCGACUGCUGCAGGCUUUCACAAGCUGAAGGCGGAGCACCUCAAGCUGUCAAGGGCUGUGGAGCUGGAUGCGAUGGCCUUGAGGACCCUGGAGUGGCUGUGCGAAGAGACCCUCUCCUCCGGAGAUCUUCUUCGUGUGAAACACGGUGCCUCCCGAGUGCUUCUGAAGGGGUGGAAGCUUGACCUUGGAGCGUUGGUGGUGCUGUCCAACUCAUGUCGAGCUCAUGGUGGAGCUUAUCGCUUGCAGCGGCCAGUCCUUGAGCUGGUAGCCCUCCUCGCGUCACGUCAACACCACUCGGGCAUUGCGGCAGAGUACAUCGGCAUCACUGACCUCGGACCUAUGCCAACCUGUGAUGUUGUGGAGAUGUCGAACAUGUAUCUUCCAGGCGCCGCUCGGGAUCGCGCCAGCGCCGAGGCGCUGUGGGCUCGCUUGGCCAAGUCUGGCGUUGCUCGGAUGCCAUCCGCACGCGAGGUGGAAGCUCCGGUGGUGUACCGGCUGCAGCAUCCACGGGGGUCUCGUGGAAUAUCCGGUACCAUUACGGGCAAUUCGCGCACACGGCCAGAAAAGUCAAAGAUGUACAAUGAAAUGCGGCUGGCUUGCGAGGUUGGGAAGAAGCGAGCGCCAGUGCCGAACGAUAGUCCAGUCUGGUGCGACAAUAGAACACAGCUCUGCGAGAGGACAUCCUGCCGUCAUUGGUGGCAUGAGGUGCAUCCGCUCAAGGCGAUGCCCCAGCCAUGGGUGGAUGACCGCGUCGAGUACGACCAGCUGAGAAACCUGUGCACGGCGAUUGAGAGGCCCAGGAUCAAUGCGGAGGACCUCGAUCGUUACCAGAAAACCACAGAGGCGCGGAAGAGGAGUCAAGUGGGCUCUUUGCUAAUGCAAGCGAAAGCGCGAUGUCAGCUUGGGAGCAGCUCUGACGCUUCAUGGUCGGCAGUGGAGUUGCAGGAGUUGCAAACAGAAUGCAAUGACGCUCAGCUUGAGCGCAGAGUUCGAGCAAUGUCAAUGCUUCACUUGUCUGGCCGGGAAUUCCAGGAUGCCAUAUGCUUGACAGAUCACAAUCUGUCUCAGGAUGCCGAUAUUACCUCGGAGUGGGGUGACGCCUUCAAGGCCGAAUCCGCUUCAGCUGUCAGAGAGCUGUGGGCGAAAGGGAGUUGCCACGUUGCCGUAAUGUGCCAGCACAAAGUGUUUCGUGGUCCGUCGAAACUUCUUGUGCCGGGCUUGGCGGGGCUAAUCGCGGAAAUCCCUUCUGGAUCAAACUUCCUACUGACCACCGCGGAGUGCUUGAAGAGCAGUCCCGGAGCAUUCCUCACCUUGAACAGAAGCGGCUUUCAGAUCUCGAUCCGCAGCACCAAAAGCGUAGGCAGAAGCGAUCUGCAUGCAGCUUUCCGAUUUCCUUGCAGGGUCAUGAAAGCAAAGUUUCGAAAGCCCCACGCAGUUCUGCCGGAAGCUGAUGGACAUCUCGGCUUUCUGGACCGCAGCAGCAAGCUCACCAGGGAGGUAGCAGAGCCUGCUCCCCCGACUCCAGAAUCAGGGCCGCAGGCUUUACCGCCGAAGCCGUGGUUUGGCGCACAGGAAUACGUGCUCUUCGUCAUCGCACCUGGCUCCGCUUUUGUGGCGCUGGCCUUCGUCGUCUUCCUGCGUCACUUCGAGGCGAGGCAGACACCAAGUGGCGAGGACGGAGGAGACCUUGAGGUUGUUGACCGCGAGCCAGAAGGCCUUGAUGAGGACGUUUAUGGUGCCGGGAUUGCCGCCUUGGUGCGUGACUCUUACAGCAUGAUCGAUGGCAAGGGCGAUUUUAUCCUCCGGUGUUCACGCUUGGCCAGCAGCUUCCUGCUGAUGGCAUUCGUGGUGUUCUUGCAGAUUUACUUGAUCAAGCAAAUGCAGGCCCUGGUGGCCAGCCGAGCCGUCACAGAGAUCCGCAGUAUCUAUGGCAGGUAUGAGUUCGUGAUGUACGGUGCAGAUGUUACCCACAACUACUUGACCGGAAAUGGUUUCCCUCGUGGCCUCGAUGAGAAGUACUUUGAUGCGUCAAACUUCGCGCGUCUCACCGGUGAUGAGAAAGAUUUGGCUUGUAACAUCCCCUUCUCACAGAUGCAGAUCCUGGUGCCCAUCUUAUUCAUAUGGACCUUGACAAUUGUCGCAGAUCUCCGUCGCUGUGGAGAUCUGUUUGUUCGCCUCAUUCUGGCCACGCCAACCAUUACCUCCAUGAAGGACGCCGUGGUCGAGGGCGAUGGGGAGUGCGAAAUCAUCGUCGGCUUGACGAAAGAAGUCAAGGCCAUGCUGCUGUCAACAUGCAUGAUCCCGCGCUGGAUGAUUGACGUCUACUUGCUGUGGCUCGGAUGCCGCUGGCUUUGUGCCACUCCGAACUUCGGCGACCUGCUCCUCAACUCGGUUGCCUUGGAGUUCGUGGUGCUUCUGAAGGACACGCUCUUCAUAGGCGUGGUCCCGGAUCGUAACAAGCGAGCUACGCAGAAUACGCUGAUCCAGCCGUGGCAGAAGCAAGAGCGUGCAAAUUACCGAGUCUUCCUUUCAGCUUUUGUGCUGGUCCUGGUGUCCUUCUCCUGGGUGUUCUACUACAUCUACCGCUUCCAGGCCGUGCUGCCAGACUACAAGUGGGAUGUCCAUGAGGUCUGCAAGAGCUACAUCGAGUCAAUUACAUCUGGCAAGUCCAGAUAG